UCUGCUGCCGCUUCCACUUAAGCAUAUUCUUUAGCAGAUUCAGCACUCCUCUUUAGACUGCCUGGACCCUCCAUGGAAGAACAUAGUACCAUCCCCUCAGCUUCGGACUCAACAUUAAUUGCCUCAAUAGCAACUCCAUAUUAUGACUCCCAAGAGUUCCAUGACUCUGUCGUCAGACUGAGGAGGAACCCGCAAAGGCGCAAGGAAAAGGUUUACGUUGGUUGUGGUGCUGGGUUUGGUGGAGAUCGACCCUUGGCAGCUCUAAAGCUGCUUCAGAGAGUGAAGGAGUUAGACUAUCUAGUACUUGAGUGCCUAGCGGAGCGCACACUUGCUGAGCGCUACCAAGCAAGCAAGUCUGGUGGGAAGGGCUACGAUCCUCGAAUUUCAGAGUGGAUGCAGUUGCUCUUGCCUUUGGCUGUAGAGAGAGGAGUUUGCAUUAUCGCCAACAUGGGUGCAAAGGAUCCUGUUGGCGCUCAGGAAGAAGUGUUACAAAUCGCAACCAAACUGGGAAUUGGUAUCAAUGUUGGUCUGGCUCAUCAGUUUGCAAUUCAAAGAUCAGGUCUCAGUGAUCAUCUAAGAAACGUUGAUGGUGGCGCUAGUGUAUACUUGGGUGCAGCUCCAAUUGUCAAAUGUCUAGAGAAGUACAGACCAAAUGUAGUUAUUACUUCUAGAGUUGCUGAUGCUGCAUUAUUUUUGGCUCCAAUGGUUUACGAACUGGGAUGGAAUUGGGAUGAAUAUGAGCUACUAGCCCAAGGUUCACUAUCUGGCCACCUACUAGAAUGUGGUUGCCAGCUUACAGGAGGGUACUACAUGCACCCAGGUGACAAAAACAGAGACAUGUCUUUUAAAGACCUGCUGGAUUUGUCUCUUCCAUUUGCUGAAGUUAGGUUUGAUGGGACAGUAUGUGUUGCAAAGGCAGAAGGGAGUAGAGGAGUUUUAAAUCCUAGCACAUGUGCUGAACAGCUUCUCUAUGAAGUUGGGGAUCCUAGUGCUUAUAUCACUCCAGAUGUGGUCAUAAACUUACAGGACGUUUCAUUUCAACCAUUAUCAGACUGUAAAGUUCUUUGCAGUGGAGCAAAGCCAUCUGCUGAACCCUUACCUGAUAAAUUAUUGCUAUUAGCCUCUAAAGAUCAGGGCUGGAAAGGCUGGGGUGAGAUCUCCUACGGGGGACACAAAUGUGUAGAACGUGCGAAUGCUGCUGAACAUUUGGUAAGAUCAUGGAUGGAAGAAACAUACCCUGGUGUAAACAACAACAUAAUUUCCUAUAUUAUUGGCUUGGAUAGCCUAAGGGCAAACAGCAAGAUUGGCGGAUUAUCCAGGGCUGUUGAUGAUAUUAGAUUACGCAUGGAUGGCUUAUUUGAGCGAGAAGACCAUGCCAUCCAAUUUACAAAGGAGUUCACAGCAUUAUACACAAAUGGGCCAGCUGGUGGUGGUGGUAUCAGCAUCGGACACAAGAAAGAGAUUAUUCUCGAAAAGGGAUUGGUAUGCCGCGAGCAUGUUCACUGGCAUAUUAUGGCUGCAAGAAACAACAUAAUGGACUCAAAUGAUCACACUUCCAGCCUUAAAGAUAUAAAGCAGACUUCUACUGACAAUGAAUUGGUCUCAGAAUCACUUUCGGCUCAGUACGAGGAAUUCCUGGUGCCACAGACUAUCGGCUGUCCUGCUCCUUCUGGUCAGCACAUUCCUCUCUAUGAAGUCGCUCAUUCCAGGGCUGGUGAUAAAGGAAAUGACCUAAAUUUCUCCAUUAUCCCUCAUUUUCCGCCUGAUAUUGAUAGGCUGAAGAUGAUUAUAUCACCAGAGUGGGUGAAGGAAGCCGUUUCAGUUCUGUCAAAUCACUGUUCCUUUCCUGAUUCAGAUGCUGUUGCAAGAAGAGACUUGUGGGUAAAUGAACAUGUUAAGGUGGAAAUUUAUGAAGCAAGGGGGAUUCAUUCUUUGAAUGUUGUAGUGCGUAAUAUUCUGGACGGUGGUGUUAAUUGCUCAAGGAGAAUUGAUAGGCAUGGCAAGUCUGUAUCUGAUCUCAUAUUGAGUCAGCUAGUUGUGUUGCCUCCUUGAUUGUAGGUUGAGGCAAUGGACGCUUAUGUUGUUGAUGAUUCUGGGUCAAGUCCUUGCUCAACUAGUUAUACAAUCUAAAACAAACAAAGAAACAAAGAAAACUCGCUGUACAAUCUGUUCCUGAUCUUUCAGUAAAACAGUUCCGUUUGUACCAAGAAUCACAUUUUGGUAUCCA